UUUAUUUUCAUGAAUUUAGUCCUUAGGACAAGCGCGCUAGAUUUUCUGUAAAUGGCAGAAAAGAAAGAAGCAGACGGUCAUAAAUACGUGAAUGGUUCUGUAAUAGAAUACGCUCUGCUGCCAUUAAUAUAGAGGAAACAUUUUCAGUCGCCUGUAGGUGGCAGCAAUGAGUUUAUUAAAUUCCAUAAUACAAAGAAGAAACAACACCCGGAAAUACGUUUGUAGUACGGCAACGCUACACAUUCGUCACGUUUUUGUGACCAAUGUUACCUCAAGUCUGUUCAUUUGCAGAUAAAGCAACGACACUGUCCGUUGUGAAAAUCUGCUGUUGACAUGCAGCGCGUCAACGAACCUCAUCCGCUGUUCGGAGGCGCCUUGUCGGCCAUCCUCCCUCACGGCGCCGCGGACGUGAGCAAGAUGCGGGAGAUUCCAGACAACCAGGAGGCGUUCGUCCAUACCCGAACCGAUCAAAGUCUCAUCGUGGAACUGGUCGAGUACCAAGACCACGUGGCUGACCAGGACGCGGCCCGGUACCACUUUGAGGACAUCGCGGGUAACAACGCCGCCACUCAGCCUGGCGCGCAGGAGGUGACGGAGGUGGUCGCCUUGCCCAAGUCGUCAGUGUCCCUGUCGGCGUGCAGCUCCGCCUGGGCGCUGACGGGCACCCAAUACGUGUCCAAGUACAACGAGACGGCGAGGAACCGGGUGAGGCUUCACCUCGGCGUGUUUCGCCUGCCUCAGUUCGGCACCGACGUACUGGUGACGUUCAACGACCCGCAAAGCAUCUGCCCCGACAGUAGUAGCAGUCCUGCGGCUGUGGGACCUGGCGUAGAGCCGUGGACUGUGGAGGACUUCCAGCACCUGCUGCAGUCCCUGACACUGCAUAACCCAGGACUGUUUGGCUAAAAGGCUGGGGUAGGGAGACCUAUGGACAGUUGGACAUGAACGGACAGCGAGAGAAUUUGAACCUUCAUGGCAUGGAUUUGUAAAAGCAAAUCAACCAAUCCCCC